GUCAUGAUCUCUUCUUCUUCCUCGACGCUCCUCCCCAAAACCCUACUCUCUCUCCUCAAAAAACCCAAAACAAUCCCUCGAAUCCUCCAAAUCCACGCCGUAUCCAUCACAAGCGCCCUCUUCUUCGACCCCUCCUUCGCUGCCCGCCUCCUCUUCGCCGUUUCGGAGCUCUCCCCCACUUCACCUGCUUACGCGGAGACCGUGUUCUCCCAAAUCCCUCGCCCCGACACUUUCUCAUACAACACCAUCAUAAGGAUUCACGCCCACUGCGGAAACCCCUUAAAGGCGAUUCAUUUCUUCGCCCUGAUGCGUAAAAAUGGGAUCUUCGGGGAUAACUACACCUACCCAUUUGUCCUCAAGGCCUGCGGAUCGAUGCUGGGUUGUAAAGUAGGAGUUUUGAUUCAUGGGGAGGUGAUUAAGAGAGGAUUCGAUGAGGAUUUGUUCGUGAGGAAUGGUUUGAUCAGCUGUUAUUGUAAGAACGGAGAGUAUGGAUUAGGUCGGAAGCUUUUUGAUGGAUUCGUCGCGAGAGAUUUGGUUUCAUGGAACUCGAUGAUCGCUGGGUAUGUCGAUUACGGUGACAUGGAAGAGGCCCAGAAUCUGUUUGAUGAAAUGCCGGAGAGAGAUCCCUAUUCUUGGACUAUACUAAUUGAUGGAUAUGGGAAGAAGGUGGGAGAUGUCGAUCGCGCUCGUAAGUUGUUUGAUAAAAUGCCCAAGAGGGAUUUGGUCUGUUGGAAUUCGAUGAUCGAUGGAUACACAAGUUGCGGCAAAAUGGAUCAAGCGCGAGAACUAUUCGAAUCAAUGCCUGAAAGGAACGUGAUCUCGUGGAGUAUACUCAUUGACGGCUAUGCGCAACAUGGUAAUCCAAAGGAAGCUUUGGACUUGUUCCAGCAAAUGCUUCAUCAGGGAACGAAGCCCGACAAGGUCAGCGCGGUUGGCGCCAUUACGGCUUGCACUCAAAUGGGCGCUCUCGACCAAGGUCGAUGGCUUCACUUCUACUUGAAGAAGAAGAAGAUUUUGUUUGAUGUUGUGGUCCAAACUGCUUUGAUAGAUAUGUACAUGAAAUGCGGGAGCUUGGAUCUCGCAAGCGAUGUUUUCGAUAGCAUGUGCGAGAGGAGUGUUGUCACUUGGAAUGUUAUGAUUGUAGGACUUGGGAGUAAUGGUUGUGGACGUCUAGCACUCGAAAUUUUCCAUAAGAUGGAGAGGGAGAGAGCGCCAAUGGAUGAUCUUACUUUCCUCGGUGUAUUAACUGCUUGUACGCACACCGGUUUAGUUUCCGAGGGGUUAGAGAUCUUUGAAAGAAUGAAAAGUGAAUUUGGGAUAGAGCCUAAGGUUGAACACUACGGUGCAUUAGUUGAUCUCCUUGGCCGCACUGGGCGGCUUCGCGAAGCUCGAAAUGUGAUAGGGAAAAUGCCGAUGAAACCCACUUCAGCUUUGUGGGGGUCUCUUCUCGCGGCAUGUCGAACGCACAAGUGUGUUGAGUUAGCUGAGCUCUCAGUUGAGCAGCUCGCGAAGCUUGGAGCGGAUGACAGCGGAGUUUACGUGCUGUUGUCGAACAUCUAUGCGGGCGAGGGCAUGUGGGAUGAUGUGUGGAGGAUCAGAAAAUUGAUGAAAACCGGGGGGAUGAGGAAGGAAAUAGGAAGGAGCGCGGUUGAGGUGGAUGGAACAGUCCAUGAGUUCAUUUAUGGCGAUAGCUCGCAUCCUUUUAUGCAGGAAAUUUACGCAGUUCUACAGGAUUUAUCUAACUCAGUGGUUUCUACGAGAUGAAUCCAUCCGUCAGAGUAGAAACAAACCGGAAUCUCGAAAGAGAUACAAGCUAGUAGAGGUGGUAACUUACAGAGUCAAGUGUUCUUUAAGCUCGACACAAUUUCAGCUUAUAGCUUCAAGUGCAGAGUUGAAACAAGUGAUCGACGGCUUAGAUUGAGCCUUUAAACUUCGCCGUCACAGGGCUUGGCCUUUUUUUGGCUAGGAGACCAAAUUUGUCACGAAUCUUGAUACCAAGGAUCGGUGUGUGUGGAGGAAAGCGUGUUCCUGAUCCCUCACUUAUGCAGAGUCGCAGAGAAUCACCUCGUUGUCUAAUCUCAUACCACACAUGGGUCAAAUUUUGCUGGCCCAAACUAAUUGGGCUUAGCAAGGCUAGGUGGAAAUCCCAAACCGGGGCAACCAAAAACACUUAAGAAGCUAAACCAGGCCCAAAUGUUUGGGCCUAUCUUGUAGGUUCAUCCAGGCCCAAUUUGUGGGUCACCAUUUUGAUUUUGAUUUUUUUUUUUCUGAACCAGGUGUAUCCAUAUGCCUCAUACAUCGUGAUUAAUUUUUCAACAAGCAAUGUCUUAAAAUUAAA